UUGCAGAAAGAGAAACCAUGGUGACGACCCAGCGCAACCCAGCGGGCCUGGUGAAGCUGUGCCUCGUUGCCGUUCAGAAACUACUGGCUUCGGCGGCCAUGAAGCGCACUUGGAGCUCAAACAAGAAUGACCUUUCCAGCAUCGUCCAAUCACACAUCCCGCACAACCUCAGGCAGAAGUUACAGGAGCAGGUGGUGCAGGACUGGCGCGUGUACGACACCGUGACCCUUCGCCUCCUGGAGUUGCUAUUCUCGCCAGCCACCUGCUCCCUCAGACUCAUCCACAUCCGCACCUUCUACAGAGAUGCCUUUGUGAAUCUCUUGCCUCGUCUCACGGGCUUGAUGGAGCUUAGCAUUCAGGACCCAGUGUGGACGCUGAGCAGGCGACAGCUCGGGUUAGCAGCCACUGCCCUGUCUGCCAUGACGCAUCUCCGCGUGCUGACCUUGCAGUACUGUGCUCAUGACCGGCUCCUGGCAGUCGUUGGUGCUAACUGUCCGUUUAUACAGGUCGUAGACGUUCGUGGUUCUCGAGAUGUGACUGACGAAGGCGUGUGGUCACUCGUCACCCUGGACCCCGGGGGCGCCUUCCUCUCCCUCGAAAGUCACUUUCAGAAGCAGAAGGUGUCCGAGAAAUUCCGCAACUGCUGGGGCGCUGCCGUCAAGUCUCUCACCUCUAAGUUGGUCACUGCUCUCACUGAGGCGACAGUGCAAGCGGAGCAGACGAAGGAGGAAGAUCAGCCCGUGAACUGGUGCCGAUGCUGCGCCACACUGACAUAUAUAGACUUGCGCUGCACGAGGGUCACCCCCGUCGGCCUCUCCCUCUUGACGCAGGCCCUUCCACCCACCACCCAGAUCGUACGCAACGCCCAGGGAUGCCUGGCAACACAGACCUGAGUAAAUGGGGGUUCCAUUAGCUUCGAGGUUCAUCUGUCCUUAGUCACAACGCGUUCCAUAUAUUUUUUUCUCUUGUUUCUUACAUUUUCUUUUCCUUUCUUUUUCUUUUUCUUUUAUUUUGUUUUGUCUGCGCUCAGAGUCAGUGUUCAAAGUUUCAUCUCCUCAUUUCUCUCAUGUGUGUUUUCAGGGGUCAUAAUUUAUGUCACUUUUACGUGUGUGAUACCUUUCGUUUCAUUUUCGGAAUAUCUGAAAGACAGAAAUAUGUAUAUUUUUCCGAUUUUGGAAAGUGUCUUUUAUGGAUUUUUGUUGUUUAUGCAAACUGAUAUUUUUGUUUUCUGUAUAUAAUUUUGACUGUCUUUGGUGUCACGUUUUAUCCUUUGUCUUCGAAGAUUUUUUCAAGACCUUUUUUGUAUUUAAUUAUGUUCACGUGGAUGAGGUUGUCAUGCCAUGAAGUGUGUACAUUCCUAAACACUAUGCAUUCCCAAAAGAAAUGCAUUAUUUGUGUACGUGGAUGAUAUAGUCAUCACCAUUAUCAUAUCAUCACUAUCAUCAUCAUCAUCCUUCUCGAUAUGAAUGCGUUGAACAUUACAUUGUGAUAUUUCAUUUCUAAUCAUGUUCCUAAUUAAACUCUUCUCAGCGUAACCCACCACUCUUUAUAUGUGAUUUGUCUGACAGACAGUUUAACAUUAUCCUAUGGUUUCGCAUUAUAUAUAUAAAUCCCCCAUCUACUAAGCUCCUUUAACUGUUGUAGGUUAGAGGAGACUUAGUGAUGGAUGGAAAAUAAUUACUUUUGUGACUGGCAGUAUGGCAAUCCAUUAUUUUUUCUCGCUACAGAUUUAUCUCGGAUGUAAAAUAAUAAAUAAAUAAUUAAAUAAACAUGUCGUCUGUGGAAAGCCAUGAAUCUGUCGUCACACGCUUAUAUUUAUAUCGUAAACAUGUAAGGUAUUCAGAGCAUGGGACGAGUAUGGAAUUCGAGAAUGCAUGUUUUACACUCACCCUGCAUUGUUGUUGGUGCUUCGUGGAGAGAAAGGGAUUAUUUAUCCGCGAAGAGAUUAAGGUGUGAUAGAUAAUAAUAAAAGUGAUUGUUUAUUAGUUCAUGAUUUUGCCUCGUUAUAGCAAAAAAAAAAAAAAAAAAAAA